UGUUAGUACCUAGGAUCCGCUGAAGAGCGACGGCGAAACCUGUCUUCACUAAACCUGUCUUCACUAAUCGCCGUCCACCUUGGGGCAUCAGUCCGGCGGUGCGCGCGCAGCUCCCUCACGCCCAGCCUCUGCCGCGUGGGCGCGCGACUUGUGUUGGUGUCCACGGCUCUCAAUAAAGUUGCGCGCUUGUUGCCGUGCCAGCCUCCCGGAAGCCUGCGCGCGCCGCCCAGGAAGUCUCGCGAGAGCCGGCGGCCGCUGUCCUUGGGCGUGCGGGGAGCCCUGGGAGUCCGCUGUGCGGGGCAGGCAGCGCGCGGGACCAUGGCGCGGAGGCUCCUGAGUCAGUACACGGACAUCCCCGAUGGCACCGACUGCCACCGCAAGGCCUACGCCAGCACCAGCAUCGGCGGCGCCGCGGG